AUAAUCUGUUGGCUCAGAUCUGCUGCUGCCGCACCCUGUGUUUCUCAGGGUCCCUGGGUCCUAUUGCAAUUAGCUUAUGCCUUGCUUCUCACCUAAAUGACCCUGGAAAGUGGCUGCUAUGGAAAAUGUUGCUGAAUGCAAAAUAGAUAUUCCUCCCUGCUCUUUGGGGUGAAGCUGGCUCUGGGAUUCUUAGCUGCAGGGGGAGGGGCUGGUGGGCCUGGACUGCAGUUGGACUUAGCAGCCAGGAGUUUUCUGGUUUUCAUUAAAAUUCUCUGGCUGUCUUUCGGGAUUGCUCCAUGGGAUAUAACUGUGCACUGUAGCCUAUUCUCUUAGCUACGCACACCCAUCAAAUCACAGUGGCCCUGAGGAUGAGAGAAAACUGAAUCUGUGUAAAUGAGUAUGGAAGAUUAUGAUUUCCUGUUUAAAAUUGUUUUAAUUGGCAAUGCCGGUGUGGGGAAGACGUGCCUAGUCCGACGGUUCACUCAGGGUCUUUUCCCCCCAGGUCAAGGAGCCACAAUUGGAGUUGAUUUUAUGAUUAAGACAGUGGAGAUUAAUGGUGAAAAAGUAAAGCUUCAGAUCUGGGACACAGCAGGUCAAGAGAGAUUUCGAUCCAUUACCCAGAGUUACUACCGAAGCGCCAAUGCCUUGAUUCUCACCUAUGACAUAACUUGUGAGGAAUCCUUCCGUUGCCUUCCUGAGUGGCUGCGGGAGAUAGAACAAUAUGCUAGCAACAAGGUCAUCACUGUGCUAGUGGGCAACAAGAUUGAUCUGGCUGAAAGGAGAGAGGUCUCCCAGCAGAGAGCUGAAGAAUUCUCAGAAGCUCAGGACAUGUAUUAUCUGGAGACCUCAGCCAAGGAAUCCGAUAAUGUGGAGAAACUCUUCCUUGACUUAGCGUGCCGCCUCAUCAGUGAAGCCAGGCAGAACACACUUGUGAACAAUGUGUCCUCACCCUUACCUGGAGAAGGGAAAAGCAUUAGCUAUUUGACUUGUUGUAAUUUCAAUUAAAGGCUGAGGCAAGAAGCAAAAGGAAUCAGCGGCUGCCCCGAUGGGCCACGAAUUGCUAGGGAGAUCUGGCUAUGACUGUGGCUCCUGCUCUCGGACCUUCUGACUCCUGUGGGCUCCUGAGCUUACAAAGCAUGGCAGGCCAAGGGCCUUGUCCACAGGCCAGCAUUAGCAGAACAUAUAAUGGUUUCACCCUUUUGCAGUCUGAGUCGGAGCAAGGAGAAAAUUUGCACUAGGCGCUCCAUGAUCUGCAGAGCAUGUUGCUUUUGUUUUUUUAAAAAAGCAAGUAAAAGUGCAUUCCUGAACACAGUCCAGGGGGAAAUGUACUGUAGGGAUCCCUCCUGCACGUCGGUGGGUGCAUGUAGGGGCUGUGCUUUAGGGUUUCUGGGGGCCCUGGUUUUCUUGUCUACCAGAUAAACCAAAACUGGGAAGGCCAAGUACUGUCUCUGUGGUGUGUGUUGAUGACCCCAUGGAGAUUUUCAAAAGUGUUAUUUCUCUUGUCCAUAGGCACUUUCAAGAACUUUGGGAUGUAAAAAUGAAAUGAAACCUUUACCCAUGACCAACAGUAACAGUCAUUGUUUUAAUAUAUACAAGCUCCAUGACUCCUUUUGGUGCUAAGGAUUCUGCUCUAUCACACACAGACCAAACAUUUUAGUACGUUGAUGUCCUUAAAUGUAUUACUUAGAAAUAAAAAAAAAAAUAAGGGAAGUCCAUGAAUCAGCACUCUUU